GUUCGGAUAUGUGAAUGUCACGGACAUGAAGGCCAUGGGCAAGCUUGCAGAGUUCCUUUGCCUCGACGCUGAUGUGGUCAGCAAGGAGAUGAAGGCUUUGGACUUCGAUGCCAAUAACAUGGUCUCCUUUGCUGAGUUUGUGCUUUGGGCAGACAAGCACACCAUCGGCAUCCCGCUUGGCAUUGCCAUUCCAGACAAGCGGGAGUGGAGGAAGGGCAUGCCUGACCAUUGGACGACGAUCCCGCCUCCAACCCCCGAGGAGGAGGCGGCCCUCAAGGCAUCCACGGCCGGCGUGGCCGUUGGCAAGGUGAAGAAAGCAAAGCCCAAGAAGGCAUCGGUGCCUGAAGAUCCGGACACGACGGAACUGGAG